AGGAGGGCUCAAGGCUGAAGUUCCUAAGUGAAAGAGCAAAAAUGGAGAGGGAGAGGCUGGCAAGGUUGAAGAGGGCUCGAGGAGAGGUCACAGAUGAGGUUGUGUCGAACGCCUCGUUUGAUCAUACCGAAGCUGCAGCUGGGGUUGCAGCGGACGCGACUCGUAUUAUCACUCCGCCUUCCAAAAGACAACGGAUUUCUCCGCCGCCGCCGCGGCCACGGGGAAGUGGUGGGUCUUCGCAGACGCAACAGUUGGACUCGGCAGCAGUCAAUGGGAAGGCGGACGGAUCUACUUCUGCAGGACUGAAAGUUAGCAGAGGUAAGGAGAAUGAAAGCGAUUUGUUCUGGGAUGGUGAAUUGCGGCAGGUUGCAAAUAGGCUUGUGGAUCGUGACAAAGAUGUCUGGCCUACAUUUCGGUUGUCCGAGAUUAUUGGACCGAAGUCUGAUAUCACACUAGCAAUUCUAUCCUCGUAUUCAAAUGCUGUUGAUUGGUUAUACGACUUCUUCGAGCCCACAACUCCCAUUGUCCUUGUUAAUCAACCUGGUGAAGACGGAAAUUCUGGAUUGAAGGAACUUGCUCCGAAUAUCCUGAUGACGAAGCCAUUUAUUCGAAACGGAAGAGGAUGCAUGCAUAUCAAGAUAUUACUGCUGUUUUACAAAGAUGGAAGAUUGAGGAUUUGUCUUCCGACUGCAAAUUUCGUCGAAUAUGAUUGGAGGGAUAUUGAGAAUACUGCCUGGGUACAGGACGUACCAAUGCGAAAGACUACGAUCCGACAUGAUCCCAAAGCAGCCGAUUUCCCUGGAACACUACAAAGAGUUCUGCAUAAAUUGAAUGUGCCAGCAGCUCUGACGAAACUCCUUGACGGAAAUUUCCCUGAACUACCGAUCGAGGCACUCUCGGAGCUUCGUAUGCGAUGGGAUUGGUCAAAGGUGAAAGUCAAGCUUGUUGCGUCGUUGGCGGGGAAAUACGAAGGAUGGGAUGAAGUCGAACGAACUGGCCAUCCUGCCCUUGCGAAAGCUAUUCAAGAGCUGGGAGUGACACCGCCCAAAGGGAAGGAACUCGUGCUAGAAUGCCAGGGAUCCAGCAUAGGAACGUAUUCACGUCAAUGGAUGGACGAGAUUUACUGCUCUGCGAAGGGCCAGAGCGCGAAGGCGUGGCUUAAUAAACCGAGAAGCCAGCGUAUGAAGUUGGCGUGGCCACUCAUUAAGAUUUUAUUCCCAUCACUGGCAACUGUGAAGGAUAGUGUGCUUGGUAUGCCGGGCGGAGGAACCAUGUUCUGUAGGAAGGCACAAUGGGAGUCGAAGAAUUUCCCUCGGGAGCUGUUCCAUGAUUCGAACAGUAAACGUGGGCGCGUGCUCAUGCAUUCAAAGAUGAUCGUCGGUACAUUCAAGGAUCGAGUCUCGCCCUUUGUUCAAGGUAGAAGUCGAGGCGGGCGUCAGGUGGGUAAGGAGCGGGAUGAUUUGACAGUUAGAGAAGGCGGGGAUUACAAUGCCGAGGCCCAGAUGCGUCCUUCAUCUAUGAGCGACGGAGAUGGAGGCGAAGAACGGUUGGCUGGCUGGGCCUAUGUUGGUUCGCAUAAUUUUACGCCAUCAGCGUGGGGUACGGUGUCCGGCUCGGUUGAUAAGCCGUCGCUUAAUAUCGUCAACUAUGAACUUGGUAUUGUAAUACCGCUACGGACGGGGGAGGAAGUCGAGAAUGUCGCAUGUUGGAGGAGGCCAGCAAGGAAGUAUGUGUUGGAUGUUGAUCGGCCUUGGAUGCAGGAGGAGAUGAGGGAGGGCAUGGCCGGCAUUUAGCCAGUAGUUGCUGUAUAAUUUACCCGUGAUACUCCCUUGGACCAUAGAUGACGUGGAACUGAAUCAGC